AUGGCAGACGAACAAGUGUCACUCACUUCCCUUAUCCUAAUAAUCGUCCUCGGCGGGCUCAUCAUUCGUUACCUAUUUUUCUCUCCGGCCUCGCAACCUCCGCGACCGACACGAGAUGCUCAGUCGGCGUCCCGCGCCAGAGAGGCUGCCGUGGAACGAAUCCAGCAAAUGUUUCCGCAAGUCGAUCGGAGGACUAUCUUGUGGGAUCUGCACCGUAAUGGGGGAAACAUCGCGGCGACCACGGAAAGAAUAUUAUCUGGGCGGCUAGAAACACCGCCUGUCACAUUCCAGCCGCCACCUCCCCCAGUCUCCCCGACACCCUCGUCGACAGCGCAAACACAGACCUUCAAGGCGCCACCCAAACCUGCCGAACCAGACUUAAUUACCAGGUAUAGGUUACAAGAUAAGGUCACCGCGAACGGCGAGGCCGAGUCCGUAACAAAGUCAAAGCCAUGGAGCUCCAAUCGGGACGAGAGACAAGCGUCGCUACAACGGAGGCGAGACGAGAUGAUUCUGGCAGCGAGGAAGAAGAUGGAGGCCAAAAUUGCGGCGGAGAAGGCUACCGGGAAGACUCAAUAG